UUCAGCGUAUACGUCCGCAGCAUUGGUCGGUGGCAAGAGCGUAGAAAAAAUGGCGAAGGUCUGUGCGUAAAGACGAUCGUCAACAGAGUUGACAGAAACUAAUGAAGUAGGCUAAUGUCAAACGUGACAGGCGUGAUGUACGAAAAAUGUUCGCUCUAGUCCGCGCGGUCUUGGUGCGUUUCGUGUGAUCGGCCGCAUCGCUUCGCAAGAGGCGUUCAAAACCGAACGAGAAAGCAACGUACGGGAGAGAAAAAAAAACAGGAAACCAAGAGGUCCAGGUGGUUGCGAAACGUCACAGAUCACAACACGGAACGGGCCACUUCAAGGUGUAACAAAUGAGUCAAAUAGAAAUGGAUCAGGAAACAGUAUAUGGAACACAUGAAGACAGCCAUGUGGUCAUGUCGGAGAAAGUCCAGACCCUGGCUGGCAGUAUUUAUCAGGAAUUUGAAAAAAUGAUAGCUCGUUACGAUGAAGAUGUGGUAAAAGACUUAAUGCCCCUACUAGUCAAUGUUCUAGAAUGUCUAGACAUAUCUUAUACAGAAAAUCAAGAACGCGAAGUUGAAUUGGAGUUACUAAGGGAAGACAAUGAGCAAUUGGUCACACAGUAUGAAAGGGAGAAACAGCUAAGGAAAACAUCGGAUCAGAAACUGCUUGAGCUUGAAGAUGCUGCAGAAGAUGAAAGGAAAGAACUUUUAUCAAAAAUUGAUAGCUUGGAAUCAAUAGUAAGGAUGUUGGAAUUGAAGACAAAGAACUCACACGAUCACGGUACAAAUGUCAAUGGCUCUACCAGUCCAUUCCUUCACAGAACAUCCCUCUACAUUGUUCGUCUUGAAGAAAAAGAGGCAGAACUGAAAAGAGAUUACACCCGGCUGCAUGAAAGAUACACGGAGUUAUUUAAAACGCAUGUAGAUUAUAUGGAAAGAACGAAGAUGUUAGUUGGAAGCACGGAAAGAUUAGAAAAUGCGACUAGCGGUCGUGGUCCAUCCCGUUUACCAUCUCUUGGAAUGGCUCACAUGUCUCGAAGCUCUGGGCCAUUGAGUUAUGGUUUUCAGAGUUUAGAGGCUAGUAUGAAUGCGGACGAAGUUCAAGAGGAAAGUCCACCUAAUGCUGCUAAUUUAAGAACUGAAAUGUUGGAUAGCAGUAGCGAAGCUGCAAUAGAAACUUCUGAUAAGAGUCAAUUAACGGAUAAGCCUGCACAAGAGAACAAAACGACGGCAAUUUCUAGACACGAAAGUCCAGAAACAGAAGCACCUCCAGUGUUAGUUACACCAACAUCACCAACAGCGGUAGAAAAACUUGCUACCACGCCAAGUGGAAGGAGUAGAACAGACAGAGAACAACGAAGUGGCAAUACAUUAUACCAGGAACUUAGUUUCCAGGAUGUCGAUGCGUUGGGUGAGAUGGACGAAGGAGCUGACAUUACUGGCAGUUGGGUUCAUCCUGGAGAAUAUGCAUCGUCGGUCAAUGACAACUUUUUCGGAAUGGGUAAAGAAGUGGAGAACCUUAUUAUGGAAAAUAAUGAACUUUUGGCCACAAAGAAUGCGCUCAAUAUUGUUAAAGAUGACUUAAUCAUUAAAGUGGAUGAACUUACGAGUGAACAAGAAAUAUUGCGCGAAGAAGUUCGGGGUUUGCAACAGGCGAGGGAACGUUUGCGCCAAAAAGUCGCUGCCCUUGAAGAAGAAUUGAAAAAAGUUAAAGAAGACGCUGAAGCAGCGGCGAAAGCGGCUAAAAGUGACGACGAAGAAGAUGUACCUUUGGCACAGAGAAAGAGGUUUACCAGGGUAGAGAUGGCUAGAGUACUCAUGGAGAGAAACCAGUACAAAGAACGAUUCAUGGAACUUCAAGAAGCAGUCAGAUGGUCAGAAAUGAUCAGAGCCAGCAAGGCUGAUCCUUCCAAUAUAUCAGGGGGAAAAGGUUCGGUGUGGAAGUUUUUUAGUAGUCUCUUCACAGGACCUGCGGAUCGAGGGGCCCUGGUUCGAGGACCGCAUACGUUACCUCACAUUAGGUACAGCGCACCGACAAAUCAAGUUGUUCCGGCCCCAGCCUUGGACACAAUGCGUAGACGUACGUUGAAAGGUCGCCAUGAGUUUUUCGACCAGGGAGACACCAUAUCGUCUGAGAAACUCGUAGCCAGACGUGCGAACGAACGAAGGGAGCAAUACCGCCAAGUCCGCGCGCACGUUAGAAAAGAAGAUGGUCGAUUACAAGCUUACGGUUGGAGUUUACCAGGAAAGCCAAGUGUACCGGUUCGACAACCCGUCCCUGUGCCAGUUUAUUGUAGACCCCUGCAGGAAUCAGAACCUGGGAUGAAGAUAUGGUGUGGUGCUGGCGUAAAUCUAAGUGGAGGUAAAACACGUGACGGUGGUUCUAUGGUCGGUGGAAGUGUGUUCUAUGCGGCCGAAGCUCGAGAAGUAAGUACUAAUUCAAAGACCGAAGCUGAGGAUGCCAUUGAACAUUUGGAUAAGGAACUUCAGGAGAAUGAAAACCAACGAUUGGAGGCUGAACGUUUGGAGCAACAACUCAGCUCGUUGGUGUGGAUCUGCACAUCGACUCAGAAGAUGUCGAAAGUGACUGUGAUAGACGCUAACAAUCCAGCCGAUAUUUUGGAAGUUUUUAAUGUUUGCCAGGGACAUUUACUUUGCAUCGCGAGUGUACCUGGCGCGAAAGAGAGUGAUUAUGCUCAAGCCGUUAGCGAAGACUCGGUUCGCACUGCCAAUGGAGUAAUGGACAACAACGGUCGCGAGCCGAACGUUAGUGCAAGUAUCGAACAGAAUAAUCAGACGAAUAAGCAGGAAACUCCGGUCUCCGCCGAGAAAAAGGAGUCGGACAACACCGCUGAGGGUCAGAAUAACGAAAAUCCUGAGAAACCGGACGAAACGAAUCAGAAUACUACCACCGAGCCGCUGAGUUUGGAAAGCGUUGACAGUGAAACAAUAAAUCUUGGGAAAGUACAGUUCGUGAAAGAUAGUGCAGAGGUGCCGCCUAUGCGAAUGAUUGAACAAGAGAGUACGAAUGACGAGCAGCAAACUGAUGAAGUCGAGGAAGGUACUCCAAUAGAAAAAAUGUCUUCGAUACAGCCGACAAUGUGGCUCGGAGCUCAAAACGGUGCUGUGUUCGUACAUUCGGCUGUGGCUAAGUGGUCAGUCUGCUUACAUUCUGUGAAACUGAAGGAUGCUGCACUGGCUAUUGUGCACGUUCAAGGCCGAGUUCUUGUCGCCCUUGCCGAUGGAACUGUCGCAUUAUUUAGAAGGGGUGCAGAUGGUCAAUGGGAUCUGUCUCAGUACCAUGUGAUUACUUUAGGUAGUCCACAACAUUCAAUCAGGUGCAUGACCGCUGUCAGUGGUAAAACCGUAUGGUGCGGAUAUAGAAAUAAAAUUCAUGUAAUAGAUCCAGUUUCAAUGUCUGUUGAGUGUACCGUAGAUGCUCAUCCACGUCGAGAGUCGCAAGUGAGACAAUUAGCUUGGUUGGGCGAGGGUGUGUGGGUCAGCAUUAGACUGGACUCAACGUUGAGACUAUAUCACGCUCACACUUACCAACAUCUUCAAGAUGUCGACAUUGAGCCUUAUGUUAGUAAAAUGCUUGGGACUGGAAAGCUUGGCUUUUCUUUUGUAAGAAUUACUGCGUUACUCAUUUCUUCGAAUAGGCUGUGGAUUGGCACAGGAAACGGAGUAAUAAUUUCAGUUCCUUUGUCGGAAAGUGCUGGAGGUUCAAUGGCAGUGUCUAGAAUUCAAGCUGUAGGUGGCAAAAGUGACGCACCCGGUGUUGGUGUCCGAAUCUUUGCGUCAGACCGUGGCGUUACACCUGGAAGUUUUAUACCUUACUGCAGUAUGGCUCAUGCCCAACUUAGCUUCCAUGGACACAGAGAUGCUGUGAAAAUGUUUGUUGCUGUACCUGGUCACGGUGGUCAGAGUGUGGUAUCAGAUCGUUCACAACCAGCCAUGCUCGUUCUUUCAGGAGGCGAGGGCUACAUAGAUUUCAGAGUUGGUGAUGGAGAGGACACGGAAGAGAGCAUUGAGCGAUCGAACAGUGCAGUCGCCACAAAUGCCGAGGAACACGGAGAACAAAGCCAUUUGAUCGUAUGGCAAGUGCAAUGUCUUCUACCAGUGCCAAUGAAUGGCUAACUUACAAACUGAAUAGUGAAGCAUGCUGAUCCAGGUGUAUGGUCCAGCUUGAACUUCUACAUAUACAUACGAAUCAAGCAUUCAAGUGGUUCCCGUUGCGCGUUGUCCAGUCAUGGAUAGACCCUAUUCAGCCUCCGGUCGAGUGAACCGCGUCAAAUUAAACGCUCUAUCUAUUCGAUUCUAUUUCCAUUAAACAAUUAUAGCGAAUCACGCGAACCAUUUUACGAAUAACUGGAAUAUUCCGUAAUGACGAAAAGGGAAGACAUAUUGUAAGAUUUCUCGAGAGUGCUAGGGGAUCAUGUCCAUCGUUUCUUGCGCGGAUAUCCGUGUGUCGGCUAGCUUCCUCGACGUUUGUCGUAUCGUUGAACGAGAAACUUAAUGCGUUACUCGAGGAAAUGUUUUUUUUUUUUAAAUUAAAUGACGUAAUUAGAAUCUCUUAACUCAACGCUUAUAAUCUUUAGCUUCUAUAUUUACAAUCGCGUCUUUUGAAGGUACCUAUCGGCAUACUAAUUCGCUCUUGCGCAAUAAUAACGUAAUUUAUCAAGAAGAUUAUUUUAACGAUCCUGCAUGCAUCCGUGCGUCGUUGAACGUUCAGUCGUAACGUUUUUAGUCGGAAAUUACUACGUUCAUCAUGCCGUACGUAACCAUGUCCCCCGAACGUAGAAGCUUCUGAAACGUCUUGAAGUCAGUCUUGAUCGAACAGUGCCGGGAAUAAAAUAGCGUUACAUUUCCGCCAAUCAAUGUGAUAACCGAUAACGAUACUGGGCGAUGAGUUCUCAAAGCUGCCACGACGUUUGCUACCCUGACUGUUAAUAAUAUUCUGAUUACUAUCGAAAGGUAGAAGACCUUUUUACGCAGGGGUGAGAAGUGCAAUCGAUUCGGGCAGUGUUUAGGCAUAAUAUAUUGUACAUUGUUUCAGUUAGAGAAUAUAUUAUUUUCCAGACCUAUGUGGUUUAAUUCGCGUCCAAUAUUAUACAUAUAUCAAAUUGUAAUAUAUUUUUUAUGUUCAGCUAA